UGGUUAGCGGUCACUCAAUUCCAGCCGACGGACGCGCGCCGAGCCUUUCCCUGCUUUGAUGAGCCCAACAUGAAAGCGACGUUCACUUUAACUCUCAUUCAUCUCCGCAACCUGACAGCCCUGUCCAAUAUGCCCAAAGCUAGCACUCAGCACAGGUCAGUUGUAAUCAAUACUGUAUAA